UUGUGAAUCGUGCGGAAGGCCUCGCCCAAUGGGAGGCGGGACUUCCUGUGUGGGCCUACGUGGGCGCAGCGAAGCCUGAGGCUUGAGUCAGGCUGGGGUCAUGCCCCUCCACAAGUACUCCCCCAAGAUCUGGCACUUACUGCGACUAAAGCAGGGGAUCUACUCACGGUUGCCAGCCCAUUAUCUCCGCUCCCUCGAAGAGACGCAGGAGCCCACGCCAGUUCACUUUAAGCCCCACGGGGUUAAAUACAAGCGGAACCCGCAUACCGGGCAACCGGAACGUGUGGAAGAUGUGCCAAUUCCCAUCUACUACCCUCCGGAGUCUCAGAGAGGGCUGUGGGGAGGAGAAGGCUACGUACAAGGAUUCAGAUACGCCAAUAACGACAAGCUGUCCACACGCUUGAGGAAGACGUGGAAGCCACAGUUGUUUAUGCGAGAGCUUUUCAGUGAAAUCCUGGAUAAAACCUUCACCAUCCAGGUGACCAUGCGGACUCUAGACCUAGUGGACGCUUGUUACGGUUUUGAUUUCUAUAUCUUGAAGACACCCAAAGUCGACCUAAAUUCAAAGCUGGGGAUGGAUCUUAAAAGGGCAAUGCUCCUGAGACUCGCUCGCAAGGACACGGAGCUAUACCCUGAUGAUGCAGAGAAACGGGAACGCAUCUAUAACAAAUACAAGGCGUUUGUAAUUCCUGAAGAGGAGGCGGAGUGGGUCGGUCUGAGCCUUGAGGAAGCUGUGCAGAAACAAAUGCAGCUGGAGAAGAAGGAUCCUGUGCCGCUGUUUAAAGUUUAUGCUGAGGAACUGGCCCAUGAACUGAGAAUGCAGAAAUUGUCGGAGCCAGUGGUCAUAGGCAAGAAAUCCUAACGGAGCGUGGCCCCUUUAAGAUCAUCAGAGCCACAGGUUAUUUAACCAGUGAAAGAUGUGUUUUGGUGAUGCUGUUAUCAGCUGACCUCCCUGCCAGUGUUGACAAGAAUCCUCAGAGGUUAAAGUGACUGAACUUGUGACUUGGAGUCCAAAUUAAAAUGCAGACUUUCCUUUUGUACAGUAAGGUGGUGGUCAAGCCACUUUGUGAAAUGCGAUUGCUAAUUAACAAUCAGACGAGGAAUGUUUUCACGUGUUGGUGUUUCUCAUUCUGUCAAGAAAAUAAUUACGGGAAUCCCUUUUAAAUAUCUGGAGGGUUCAAAUCAUUUAAUUUUAUGUACGCUAGGGUUAUAACCUGGAGCCAGUUCCCUUUGUCCAAACUGCACCAAACGUUAAAUAAAAACUGAAAGACCUGCAGACAUCGUAAGUCAGAAACAGAAAUUUCUGGAAAAGCUCAGCAGGUCAGGCACCAUCUUUGGAGAGAAAUCGGUGUUAAUGUUUUGGGUCAAGUGACUCUUCCUCAGCAAGUAAACCGUAUUGUGUUUCCCCA